AUGAGGUUCCCAGAGAAAUGGUGCAAUUGGGUUUACAACAUUCUAUCUACAACCAGGUCCUCAAUUCUGGUCAAUGGGUCUCCCACUUUUGAGUUCCAGUGCCAUAAAAGUAUGAGACAAGGAGACCCCAUCGCCCCUUUUCUGUUUAUCAUGGUUAUGGAAGCUUUCCCGGUAAUGCUUAAUAGAGCUUUAGCUUUUAGUAUCAUCAAAGGUGUCGACAUUGGGAACGACGGGUUAUUAUUAUCUCACAUGCUUUAUGCCGAUGACUACGUGUUGGUUGGGGAAUGGGAGUCUGAUAACUUAAAAAACAUCACCGGGAUUUUAAGAGUCUUUAACUUAUGUUCCGGGUUAAAGAUUCAUCUUGGUAAAUCGAAUUUAUUUGGCAUUGGGGUUGAUGAGACUGAAGUAACUGAUAUGGCGAGAGUGGUUAAUUGCUCGACUGGUUUCCUACCGUUCAAACAUCUAGGUAUUUGGAUAGGAGCUAAUAUGAAUAAGGUGGCGAACUGA